AUGUCCGUGAUAAAUCCUUUCGACCAGUCGGUGAUUGAUACCGUGCCACGCGGCUCGUCCGCUGAUGUUUAUGCUGCAAUAUCCAGUGCGGUGCGCGGCGCAUCCGUAAUGGCCAAGCUACCUGCUCAUCGGCGUUACACGAUAUUGAAACGGGCCGCGGACCUCAUGGCUGAGAAAGCCGACGAUCUGGCGGAGACGAUCACCCGGGAAGAGGGGAAGGUCAUCGCAGAAGGACGGGCCGAGGUACAGCGUGCAAUCCAAACGAUUACGCUGUCGGCUGAAGAAUCAAAGCGACUGCACGGUGAGACCGUACCACUGGAUGCCGCUCCGGGCAUCGUAAGUCAGUUUGGUUUUACGAUUCGUGUACCGGUGGGAGUAGUCGCGGCCAUCGCCCCAUUCAACUUCCCGCUGAAUUUGGUGUGCCACAAGGUGGGACCGGCCCUGGCCGGAGGCAACGCCGUGAUUUUGAAACCGGCCGGAGACACACCCCUUUCGGCGCUGAAACUGACCGAGAUUUUGCUUGAAGCGGGAUUGCCGGAGGAAGCGAUUCAGACGGUUACCGGCUCCGGCGGCGAGAUGGGGGAUGCGAUCACCGGGGAUCCCAGAGUCCGGAAGAUUACCUUUACCGGAAGCAUGGAAGUCGGCGACCGAAUCUGUCGAAACGCCGGUAUCAAGAAGGUAACGAUGGAGCUGGGGUCCAACAGCCCCCUCAUCAUCAUGUCGGACGCCGAUAUAGAAAAGGUCGCAGCAGCAACUGUCGCCAGCGGGUUCUCCAACGCCGGUCAGGUGUGUAUCUCGACGCAGCGGGUGUUUGCGGCCCGGGCGAUUUAUGCUGACUUGCUGGAUGCCCUGGUGCGGCCCACGCAGGAAUUCAACGCUGGCAACCCCUUCGACGAGGACGUAAAGAUGGGUCCCAUGAUCCGUCAGGCCGACGCCGAGCGUGUCGAGAGUUGGAUCGCGGAAGCAGUGGGUCAGGGGGCGAGAGUCAUCGCCGGCGGAGAUCGCGAGGGUACGCUACACACGGCGACGGUGAUUGCCGACGCGCUUCCUGACAUGCUGAUUUCCAGGGAAGAACUGUUUGGUCCGGCCAUUGCCGUCAGCGCAUUCGAAGACAUUGACGAUGCAAUCGCCAAAGCCAACGAUUCCCGCUUUGGGCUUUCCGCCGGAAUAUUCACGCAGAACGUGGAUUGGGCGAUGCGGUUCGCGCAGGAGGUCCAUUCCGGAAAUCUGCACAUCAAUGCAUCCCCACAGUGGCGAGCUGACGUGAUGCCUUAUGGAGGCUUGAAAGACAGCGGGAUGGGCAAGGAAGGCCCGGCAUACGCCAUUGACGAGAUGACAGAAUUGAAGAUGGUCGUAUUCCAUCUUGGCGCCUGA